AUGUGGGACUCAGCAAAUACAACAACUACAAAUACGGUUGGCCAUAAUUCUCAAUUAUCAUUUUAUGAAUAUCCGCCACAUAAACCGUAUAUUAAUUCAAUUUAUCAACCAUUAAGACCAUCACAUACAUUGUCAAGAACGGUUACUUUACCCGAAUCCAAUCGAGAUCAAUUAUUAACAGCAUUACAAUCUUUGUCAUUGAGAAUAAAAACGCUUGAAAAUGAACGAGAAAGAGCUGAAUUAAACUUGCGUGAACUAACAGAUAAUAUACAUUGUCCUCGACAUUCUCGCGGUGAUUCUCAACGUACUUAUGAUAAACAACUUAAAGAAGCUGAACAAAAUUUUCAUCGUCUUCGAAAUCAACACAAUGAAGUCCUUGACAUGAUGAAUGAAUGUCGACCUAGAAAAAAUCGUUCAAAACGUAAAAAGAAACAAUCAUCUCCUGAUAAUCAUAGCUUUGAUACUGCAACAACAGGAACAACAUCAACAAAUUCUGAAGGACGACAUUUUCAUUUGAAUAUGAAUACAGUACCAUUUAUUCUUGGUGGAUCAAUAGCACCAAGUCAUAAUGUUAAAUCAAAUGUACAAAAUGUGAUUGCUCUUUUAAAAAAUCAUAAUCAUCAAUUAUGUUUAUCAUCGAAAGAAUAUUCUGAACUUCUUCAUCCUCAUCAUAAAAGUGAUUUGUCACCACAUUCAUAUCUUUAUCUUGAUCAUUAUAAUAAAUCAUCAUCAAUACGUCCAUCAUCAGCUUCACCAGUUCGUUCAAUUCAUCGUCCCAUAACAACAACAACAACAAGACGAUCAUAUUCAGCUUCUCGUCGACCACAAACUGCAACGAUUUCUGAUAAACAAUGUUAUUCACGUAUGAAACAUCUUCGUCAAGAAUUUGCUACACUUGCACGUGAACAUAAACGAUUAAAUAAAACUCGAACAAAUGCAAGAGAAUUAGAAAUAAUAAGUCGACGAAUGGAAAUUAUUCUUGAUGAAUUAGAACGUUUACAAAGACAAUUAAAAAUUUCAUUAAAAAAAUCAUCAACAAAAGAUCAAGGAAAACUUGACAAAAAUGACACACCAUUAGAAACAUUGAGAAAAACAAGACUACUUCAAAUUCUUCUUGGUGAUCAAACAAAUAAACAACAAUACCGAGGACGUUCUCGUCGAACAAGACAAAAUUCAAAUGACUAA